UCUGUACCGUUUAAGGCUCGUGAGCAAAUUUUGUGAAUAUUUGUAGUAUUUUAUGUUACCAAAUAGAUUUCAGAGAGAUUUAUUGCAUUUGCUACAAGUAACUAUGAUAAAUUCUUAUGUAGAUAUGCUUUUAAAGUGUCCUUUAAAGCUAAAUUAUGGUAUCGCCUCCUUCUGUAAUAUCUAACCUAGAUAUUGCGUUAUUCUUAGAAAAUGAACGUUGUUAUAAAAUAAACAUUUACGACUAGACAUUUUGACAGACGCUGUAAAACAGUUUAAUUUAACUUAGUUAAAUAGGUCAUCAUCAUGGUAGGUAGUAAUAUCUUACUAAUACCAUCGAAUCCAAUAGUAGGCCACCCACCUCAUUAUUUGCAUGAACUACCAUUAGAAGAUGAAGAACGUCUAGAAAAACUGUUCAAAUCUCUUGACUUGGAUGGAAAUGGGAAAAUUGAUAUUCAUGAUUUGUCCAUAGCCUUGAAAGAAUUUGGAGUUCAUCAGAAAUAUGCUGAGAAAUUCUUGGAAAGAUCGGAUCAGAACAAGAGUGGUGAUAUAUCAUUGGCAGAGUUCAUCCAUUAUGUAAGGGAGCAUGAGAAGAAUCUCCGCUUAGGAUUCUCCCAUAUAGAUAAGAACAGAGAUGGGAAGAUAGACUUGGAGGAACUAAUAAGGGCGUUCAAAGAGCUUGGUGUUGAGAUUGAGCGACGUGAGGCCAAGAACCUGUUGCAAAGAAUGGAUCAAGAUGGCAGCCUGGAGAUCAGCUUCAACGAGUGGAGGGACUUUCUCCUGUAUGCACCUUCUACAGAUAUUCAUGAACUCAUCAUCUAUUGGAGGCAUUCCACAUACUUGGACAUCGGAGAAGACUUGAAUGUCCCCGAUGAUUUCACGCAGAAGGAGAUGUUGACGGGAAUGUGGUGGCGCCACUUGGUGGCGGGGGGCGUAGCAGGGGCGGUUUCUCGAACCUGCACAGCCCCGCUUGACAGAGCCAAGGUUUACCUCCAGGUACAUGGCACCAGAAAGACAUGCAUCAGGACAUGUAUCAAGAACAUGGUGCUGGAGGGUGGACCCUGGAGUCUGUGGCGGGGAAAUGGCAUCAAUGUGCUCAAGAUCGCCCCUGAGAGUGCACUCAAGUUCAUGGCCUACGAACAGGCAAAGAAAUUUAUCCGCAAUAACAGCUCUAACAAGGACCUGACCAUCCUGCAGAGGUUUAUUGCCGGAUCGGUGGCGGGAGGUUUCAGCCAGACUGUCAUUUAUCCUCUAGAGGUCUUGAAAACCAGGUUGGCUCUACGCAAGACGGGCGAGUACAAAAGCAUUGCUGAUGCAGCCAAGAAGAUCUACCUCAAUGAAGGAUUGAAAAGUUUCUACAGGGGUUACAUCCCAAAUAUGAUCGGAAUCAUACCUUACGCAGGAAUCGACUUAGCCUGCUAUGAGACGCUAAAGAACAACUACCUGCGUACCCAUAUGGAUGAGACGCCUAGUCCAUUUCUGCUGCUAGCCUGCGGAACCUGCUCCAGCACCUGUGGACAGGUGUGCAGCUACCCUCUGGCUCUGGUGCGAACUCGCCUGCAAGCUACUCCUAACAACAAGCACACAAUGAUCAGCCAGUUUAAAGAGAUCGUGGCCAAAGAGGGGCUGGUGGGGUUGUAUCGGGGGAUCACCCUGAACCUCCUCAAGGUUGCCCCGGCUGUCAGCAUCAGUUACAUCGUCUACGAGCACUGUCGCCAGACCCUGGGUGUCAACAUGACGUGACCUAACUCGCCCCCUCCUCUCAUCAUAUCCUGUGAUCUUUACAUUAGGCUGUUUACUUCUAUUUAAGCGUAAUUAAACAGAGUUGUUAUCCGGCCGAGAUUUGUGAAUUUGUUGUAACAUUUGCUAGUUUUUGGCCUAUUCGAUCAUAAUGUUCUCAUAAAUUCAAGACUAGAACAAGCUUACGUACUUAUCGGCCCGUGGCUGGCGGCUGCCGCAAAGCUUCUAUACGAUGUAUCAUAUUGUUGUUAUUAUCCGUCAGACAACUAUUGUGAGUUUAUUUUUUUUACUAAACGACAAAUGUUUUAGCCUGAGAAUGUUACGGUUAGGAAUACAGGGAAGAUAAUUUAUUUUAGCAGUAAGUUUUGUUUUUAUUACUUAAACUAUUAUGUAAAAUCCCUUGAAAUUUGUAAAUAAUUAGUACUUUUAAAUUGUGUAUUUCUUAUUUAUUGUUAAUGUUGUACUGUACAGUAUUCGUGGGCUCAAUCAUCAUUCCUUGCGAUUGAAGAAAAGACGUUUAUGUUCUUUAGAUUCUAGUCUAAGUGAUGUGCUCUGCCACUAUUUAUACUUUUUUAUCUUUCAUGUGCUGUUGAAAUUUCAUUAUGUAUGUCAUUAAAAAGAUUAUUAAGAUUUGUUAGAUUUAGUUCCUAAGAGGGAAUUAAUAUCUAUUACAGUGUAUUUUUUUGUUAUUUUUUCACCAAUAAAGCCAAAAAUUGUAAUACUUGAGGUUGUAUAUUAACAUAAUCCCAUAGAAUAAUACCUUUCAUGCAUAAUUUACAUAAGCAGUCCACUAUUUUAAUGAAAUAAGCAUUUAACGGCAUUCAGUUAUAGCAGUAAUUUAGUUAAGUAAAUGAAUUUUUUAUCAGGCGUGAAAGAGACGUUGAAAACGGGCAAUGCUGCUGCACUUCAGUGUUGUGCUUUUCUCUACAUUUUCCUUGUCCACUGCAUUUCAUAUGUAACCAAGCAAGUUUGAUUUGUUGUUUGUGUACUCAUACAGUUGUAUGUAUUUUGUUGGUCAUCGUAUGUCUUUGUGCGGUGGCCAUUUUUCUGACUUCUACAACUUUUAUAAAGAUCUGUGUGGUUCAGACUCAAAUUAAGCUGUUUACAGCUCAAAUAUACCAAAAUAAAUAAAUAAUGAAGUUCAUGA